AUGCAGUUGACAUCCCUCGCUGCCCCGGCACUUCUGGCGCAGAAUGCCGCCGCCCAGUUCAACAUGCUUCGGUUCGCAUGCUCGCAGUUGGUCGUCGACCGUAUCGACCCCCUCGUGAACCCCGGAAUGCAGUACACUCCCCAUCUUCACCAGUUUGCUGGAGGAAACUCUCUCAACCUGACCAUGGACCCGGCGACCCACGACCUCGCUGCGUCGUCGUGUACAUCUUGCAGCUUCAAGGAAGACAAGUCCAACUACUGGACCGCUGUCAUGUUCUACAAGUCCACGAACGGAACAUACAAGCGUGUCCCGCAGGUUGGCAACGGAGGCCCACAGGGUCAGCUGAUCAACAACGGCGGACUUGAUGUUUAUUACAUCCCCAGCGGCACGGUUACAGCUUUCAAGAAGGUAAUCAAACACCUAGAAGAACACUUGGGUGCUCUCUUUGACUUGAUGCAGGGCUUCCGCAUGCUUGCUGGCAGUGCGACCCAGACCGACCCGAACAAGGUAACCAAGACAAACAUCUGCCACCGAUGCUGGACAUCCACGAGCGAGGACAACUUUAUUGGCGGUGCGCCAUGCACUGAUUCGGACACGGUCGAUAUCCCCACGGACAAGACUUGCAAGAUGAUCCGCCAGACCAUCAUCUUCCCCACAUGCUGGGAUGGAACGAACCUCGACAGCCCCGACCACCAGAGCCACGUCGCUUACAGUGCUGGGUCCGGUGCUAACGGCGGCGGUGCGUGCCCAUCAACGCACCCCGUCAAGCUGCCGCAGAUCAUGUACGAGCUCAUGUGGAACGUCACUGAGUUCACGAACGACGCCACCUUCCCCACCGACGGCUCGAACCCAUACGUCUACAGCAUGAACAUGGGUGGAUCCGCCGCCCACGGUGACUACCUCUUCGGCUGGGGCGGCGACACACUCCAGAAGGCCAUGGACAACAGCUGCAACCUGAACACCGACUGCGCUGCGGCCGGCAUCCACGCCCAGGCGCCUGCUGAGUACAACGCCUGCACCAUCGAACAACAGGCGCCCGAGGAUGUUGAUGGAUGGCUCGCAGCUCUCCCCAUGGGUGAGAUGGCGAUCAAGGCUUAA